AGUGGCCUUGUCCGUGUCCGGUCGAGACUGUCGUUGAAAACCAGAGCAGCGGAUAGCCUGCCAAAACCACCUGUUACUUCACCUAACGAAACGGUUCGGACACGGAGCCAGACGCUUCAUGUGCCAGCACGAGUCGUACGGCAUCUUCAUACUCACCGUCACCGCGCUGCCUUCGUCUCCGCGUUGCCCCCCUUUCCACUGCAGACGUUGCCUGACUGAAACCCACAUCUCUUGAUCUCUCGGCCCUAUCGCAGGACGAGCAGGGUGGACACUGCUUUGUUGUCCUGUUGCCCAGGCCGCCGCCAAAUCAACGACAACAAAUCCCUCGCCAUUGGCCAAUUCGCAGUCAGGAUCGGCGGGUCGGCGUGCCGUGUGCUUCGAAGGCCGGAAAGGCCGGAUGCCAAGCACACGGAGAUUGGACGGCGGCUUGGUUUGCAACCCAACUGUCCCGGUCCCGGUGCCGCCGGUUCCGGGUGUGUUUCGGAGCUGUCGAUGACGUACUUUCAUUGCGGGACAAGUGAAAACAAACUUUGUGAUUUUCAAAAUAAAGAGAGGCGUGUUGGCGGCGGUUGUAACUUGAGACUACCUCGGGAAAUUUUCCUUACAAACAAAUCACCAAGUCGUGAUCAAUGACAUCGACUUGAUGCUGACUUGCAGAUUAUGCUACAACCGAGGCGGCGGCGAGCUUCAGCCACGGCUCAAACAUGGCACAAGCCACACAAUGGCCCCCCAGAAAAGCUGGAGAAAUCGGUCAAUUGAAUAUCUUUGAAUGGCGGGGCCGAGUUUCAACGGUAAAGCUAGUGGAUUAAGCAGAAAGAUAUGCAUAACCGAAGAUGGUUCGAUUCUAUUAGCCGUCAUUGGCUGGAAUACCGCAACCCACGCACACCUCCAAGCUUCUGAUCCCGAGUUUACUGCAUCAAAUCAAUCGUAACCAAGCCACUUCCCCGGCCCAGCCCACCGUCGACGUCGAGCUUCCGCUGCCUCCUCCCGGUCUCGGAUCCUGCACAGAAAUCCCCUCUCUCUCUUCAGACCAUUCACAAUGUCGGCCUCCCUCCUCCGCAUCGCCGCCCGCGGCCCCUCCAGCGCCUUCUUCCGCACCGUUGUUGCCCGGCCCCAGCCUAUCGCUGUGCGCGCUGCCGUCGCCGUCCCCAAGACCUUCAGCACAUCGAUGCGCAUGCGCUCCGAGCACGCCGAGGAGACCUUUGAGGAGUUUUCUGCUCGCUACGAGAAGGAGUUUGACAGCGUUCAGGAUGUCUUUGAGCUCCAGCGCAACCUGAACAACGCUUUCGCCUACGAUCUCGUCCCCUCCCCUGCCGUCCUCGCCGCUGCCCUCAGGGCCGCGAGAAGAGUCAACGACUUCCCCACUGCAGUCCGCGUUUUUGAGGGCAUCAAGGCCAAGGUCGAGAACAAGGGCCAGUACGAGCAGUACCUUGCUGAGCUCAAGCCCCUUCGUGAGGAGCUCGGCAUCGAGCUCAAGGAGGACCUCUACCCCGAGGAGGCUAACUAAAUGCUCGACUAUUCAUCGACAUACUUUCUUGUUCUUUCACUAGACGACGAAUUUAAAAUGCCAACCUCACACGCUUCACCACACAUCCAUAGACUGCACAGCUGGCUUGGACACUUUGAAGGCAAAAGCUGGCUGCUGCCGGUUCGGUGUGAGAGUUCAUCAUUAUGGAUACCACUGAAACCCGUCCACCACAUCUCAUCUCUCUGCCUUGAUAGAAAGGAAGGAGAUAGAUAAAAAUCAAUGUGUAUAUUUUCUGUUAUGGCUGUGUUUUUCUUGCAUGUGGUAUUGCGGUUGUCCUUGCCUCGCCGAAGACAAUAAGCUCGGACAACUGUUUGGGGUUCGGACACUGUCGUGGAAUUCAAGUUCAGUCACGAUGCACUUACACCGUACAGGGAACAGUUAAAAGACUAAGGUCAUACGCAGUAACAGGCUCACAAUCAUGGCAGGCUUUCAGGGUAGGCACAAUCUCGAAAGACAUUUAACACCAUACAAUAUUUAACCUGCAUCGGAAAC